CGCCGGCCACAAUCAGUUAGGAGAUGCUGUAGAUGAAGCUGUCGAUAUAUCCUGCAGUGAUAACAGUACAACAUUGUCUGACUGUUACGCGUCGGUAAAGUCCUGCUCCAGUGGUGUUCUCCAGUGUGGCGAUGCUAAUGUGAACUGUGGCUUCAGAGGGAACAUACCUAUGUGUGGAUAUCAUGCCUCCAGCACAUGGACGUUAUUAUCAGAGUCCGUCAGUAUCCUCGAACUGCAUACAAAAGAAGGGCAGCAUGACUCCAUCGUAUCACCAAGCUUUACAACGCCUCAAAACGGAUCUCUUUACUUCAGCUACAAGCUAUCGGGUUCUGCUGUUGGUCUUCUGACCUUGACCCUUAAUAACAAGGUCAUGUUCCAAUCAGACUACAGCCUUACAGAUUCUGUCAUAGAAGUGUGUAUUGACCUGCCGGCUAAUGAGCUUGUCAGUGCUAUGUUCUCUUACGUCCGAGGGUCGGACGAGGUAACAGAGUAUGUGUUCGAAGCUGUUUCCAUUCACUACGUCAAAGUAUCAGCCGACGAUGUUUGUCCAGCAUUCUCCAAAGACAGAUCAUGUGACUUUGACAGUGCAGGCUUGUGUGGUGUUCAAUUUUCAUCUGAAUGUGAUCCCUGGAGCGGAGGGUAUCUCUCGAGUCCUCGACCAUAUGCAUGGAAACCGAAGCCACAGGACGGCAGGGGAUUCUACCUGUUUGCUGAUGGAAGCUAUGGAGAGCAAGGAGACGAAGCCAUUGCCAUGUUUCCUGACGUCCAUAUGUCCGCUAAUGACACUCUCCGCUUCCGCUAUAUCAGUGAUAGUAAAUUCAACGUCUCUGCUACUUUAAAGGUUUAUGCUUCAAAAGAACUACUGUUCUGGCAAGAUCAUCUGACAGGUGGAUAUUGGGAAGAUAUUUGUUUUCCAUUUAAACCAACCAUCAAUACAGACAUCAAUGCUAAUUUGACGAUCAUUGCCUACCAUGGCAGCAGCGUGUCUAUGGAUGUUGGUGUCGACGCCAUCAGUAUCAGUUCAGAACGCUGUCCUC